AUGUGUGCGUUCUAUCUAGGUGCUGGGCAUAAUCCAAAUCGAUACACGGGCAAUAUAGAUGUUGCGAUAAUCGAUUUCGAUGGUGAACAAGCUGGUAAGUGCUUUCUCGAUGCUUUUCGAACUACAUCACCUGGAAAUCGGACUCUUCACUGGCGAUACAAGUAUCCGGAUGAGUAUGGCAAUAGUGUGAAUACGACUCAACAAUCUGUCAAUGAUGGAGAAGUGUGGGCCGUCGUAGUACUUCAACCAAAUACCACAUCAACUAUUAAUAAGUCUUUAUCUGCUCUGAUCAAUUCUACAACAUUGGUGACCUAUCCACUUGUUAACACAUUUCCUGUGCUUGUUAUCUAUGAUGAAGGACGAAAUCCAUUUACUCAAAAUAUUUUUGUAUUACCACCUAUUCGUGCAGCUAUUGCAACAGCCAACAAUCUGUAUAGUCAAACACUUCGUACAACAAUCAUUUCCAACUUAUCCUCCACAUCUAGCUCAAGUACUAAUCGAACAUUGCAAUUACAAAACACGUUACGUCUUCGAUCUCUCCUUGUCAAUCCACUCGCUAUAGAAUAUAAUAACCUUCAUCGGGCUCUUCCUUACGUAGGUCAAUUUGCUACAACUAUUGGCUACAUUUAUUUAUUUUUGGUUACGACAAUUAUGGUUGGGUCAACCAUUGGUAUCUUAAUGCCAUUCAUUGGUAAAAUUCAUUACGUCGAUCUGAUCUUGUGUCACGUCUUGAAUAAGGUCAAAGUUUUAGAUGUUCUUGUCGAUUAUGCACUUGCAGAAUCAACAAAUGAUAGCGAACCGAUCGAUGUUAAAAUUGUGUUUAUCGAACACACUGUAAAAUUAUUAGUCGAUGAUCCACUACCAUCAUUGACUGAUCUUGUACGUAUUUUGCGGCGUAUUCUCGAUACAAAUAAUAUAUUUCAUAAAUGGCAUCUAGCCUGUAUUAAAACUUUCUAUUAUAAAUUUAAACUUGGUGAACGUUUAUCAUCGACAAAAUCGAUCGAUUUGAUUGAAUCAAUUUUUCAAAGUUUUCAAAAACAUUCAUUUUUAAAUGGAGAAACAGAUAAACAGACACAAGAAAAAUGGAAAGAAUUUUUAUCUAGACAAAUGUUCUCAUCAUUGUCAAUGGAUACAAAUGUAUUAAGUCGUGAAGAAACAAUGCUGACGAUGCGACCUGCCUAUCAACAAUUUUUCAAGUAUGCUGCUCGUAUGUCUCAUCAAUCACAAGUAUGGUCAGGUGUUGUAUCAACAUUGACACGAACAUUACCAACAUUAUUUGAUGAGUAUUCAAAUGCAAGUGAUGCACAAGCUGAUCUAGUAGAAUGUGUCAAACAACCGAUUUCCAGUGACUUUCUUGAUUUGCUUGUUAAAUCCUAUAAGAAAAAUGCUCAUCUAUUCAAAAUGAAUUCAUCGGAAUUUUCGACUGUGAUUGAAAAACUUCUAUUAUUUGAUCAGAUCGAGAAAGCUUACAAUUUUAUCGAUAGUGUAAUCAUUGUUCAUAUCGAUUCGGCAAUGGAUAUCAUGGAUUCUUUAAUUCGUAUGUUUAUACGUACAUGUCCAAUAGUAAAUAUCAAUAGUCGAAAUGAAUUAUGUAAACGAGUUAUAUCAUCUUUAGUUUAUAAAUUGGGUAGGGUCAAAUGUAACAAAAAAUUUGCACCACUCUUUUUUGAUUUUGUUCUUAUCAUACUUGAUUUAUGUGUACUGGAAGCACCUCAAUGUGCUUGGCGUUUACUUGAAAAAGCUGACUUUUAUCCAUGGAAAGAAUUAGCACCAAAAUUCAAAGAUUUCGUUCGAUUAUGUGCUGCCUAUGAUAAAUUAAAUGAAACAAAUUAUUUUAGCGAUCUUGAUACACUUGAAAAUAUUCUUCGAUUAGCUGUCGAUAGAGCUAAAGUUAAUAACAUCAUUUUUCGAUCAACACAUGAUGAAGCUUUAAAAGCUAUACUUCGUUGGUCAGCAGCACCGACCGAAAAUAGUAGUAAAAAGUCAUGGGAUACACAUGUUUAUAGAAUGGGACGACCGAUGGCAGAACUUAUCGAUCAAAAACAAGUUACUAUGGAAAUUUGUUCUCAAUUUAUUAAAGUACUCGAACAAAGAGUUAUCGAUAAUGAGGAUGAUGAUAGUAAAGAAACAACAAGUCCAAUGAUGGCAUCAUUCUUCAUUAGUUUGGCAACACAAUUAGGAAAGUAUAUUGAAAUUCUUAAAAAUUUUCCACAAGAAAUUCAUCGUCAAUUGGCUUCAUUGAUUCUAACUGCACUUAAACGUCCAUAUCAAAAUGAAAAUGGACAAAUGUCACUCGAACAUAUAAUAGCAAUGAAUCUCUGGUUUAAAAUUGCACAAUGUCUAAAGGAUGAAGCUGAUGUUCGUCUUUAUGAAUCAUGUAUAAAAGAAAUACAUUCAUUGGCAUGUGAUAAUGAUGAAAAAACAUUUUUUGAUUGGUGGAAUGCAUUUUGGUUUAUUGUCGGUAUGAAAAUACCUGAUGCAGCUGCUGAUUAUGUUGAAGAUUUUCUAAACGAUUUACUUGAUCGAAAACAAAUUAAUAUGAUUAGUCUAUUGCCAACAUUUUAUCCUAAACGUCCAGAUCCGUACCAUGCUCGACUAGAUGAAUUAAUCAAUAGCAUGUUUUCUGGUGAUAUAGGACAUGUAUCAUCACUAGGAAAUCUCUUUUACGUCAUUGCUAAAGAACAUCCUGAAUUGAUUACAGAGGAUCAUGUCAAUAAUAUAUUCGGUUCACUCAAUGAUCAUAAAGGUACUUCACAAGAACUUUAUCUUAUUUUUCAAGGACUCGGCGUUGUGGCAAAUGCACAACCUCAUCUAUUUCAUAAACAUUAUACUACACUUUUACGUUUUAUUGUUGAACUACAGAAUAUAUCAGCUUUUACUUGUCUUCAACAAUAUUUUGUUGCAUCGACUAUUGUUGAUGGUGAACAACGAGCCAAUGAGUCUCUAACAUUUCUUAUUGAUCUUUUAAAACGUGGUUCGGGAAUUACAAAUGAUAUUCGAAAACAAAUUUUUCAUGCAUGUCAAUUAAUCGGUGUGAUAAAUAAGCAAGCACUUGAAACUAAACGAAAAGAUUUAGAAGCAUUCAAUUCAUUUCCUGAAUGUCGUACAUUAAUCGAUUUUAUUGAUGGAAAUAAAAUGAGUGAAGAAAAUCAAGCUGCAAUAAAUCGAACACGUGAAGAAAUUGUACAAAUGGAAAAACGUGUUGUCAAAACUGAGAAAGAUGUACAUCAUAUAACAAAUGUUGUUAAACGACAAGAAUUGAAAAUGCUGCAAUGUCAAUAUGAGCAACAACAGACUUCUUCAGCAUUAACCGAUCUAACAACGAGCAGUCAAAAUAAUCCUAGAACUAAUGAUGCUGCUAUUGCAUGGAUCGAUCGCAUUGAAUUGUCCCUUGACAGAAUAUUUCUUGAAUUACAAACAGUGACCAAUCUUGGUGCACAUGUCGAUUCUGUUGAUACACGUUUGAAUGAUGUCACCGAACAAGUACAAAUACAAGCACGAGAAAUUGAACGAAUCGAUGCAAAAACAUUGAGCUAUGUACCAGCUGAAUGGGGUAGUCAGGUAACAAAAUUAUUGAAUCAUCGAGCAAAUAACGAUUGGCGUUUACUUGGAAAACGUUUUGGUUAUUCGACAAGUGAAUUACGACAUUGGGCUCUUCAAGCUGAUCCAUCGAUGAGUUUAUUGAACGAAUGGUUUAUGACACAUAAAACUGAUGAAGCAACUUAUGGACUUGUUAAGAUGUUAGAUGAAAUCGGUCGACAAGAUGUUACAAAAAUUAUUCGAGAUGCAAUUUCAGCAGCCGGUCAACUCAUUCCUGAUGAUAUGCCUAUUGAAAUCAAACGUCUUCCACCUAUCUUUCUUUCAUAUCAAUGGGAAAGUCAAAAAGCUGUUCUAACACUCAAAACUCAUCUUGAAGAAGCUGGUUAUGCAUGUUGGAUGGAUAUUGGACAGAUGGGUGGUGGUGAUAAAUUAUUUGCUAAAAUUGAUGCUGGUAUUCGUGGAGCAAAAGUUGUUAUCUGUUGUAUGAAUUCAGCGUAUAAUCAAUCGGAUAAUUGUUUACGUGAGGUUCAUUUAUGUGUUAAUACAGGUAAACCAAUAAUUCCUUUACAAAUGGAAAAACAAACAUGGCCACCUGAAGGUGCUCUUGGUCCAAUCAUGAGUGAAUAUUUGUACAUUCGAUUUUAUGAUCGUAAAUCAAAUUCGGACAAUUAUUGGCCUGCAGAUAAAUUUACUGAACUUCUUGGUCAAAUUCGUUAUCAUAUAGCACCCGAUCCGGAUAUGAUCAGUGAACGAUAUAGUAAUUGGUUUGUACCACGUGUUGAUAAUUUGAUCUUUCUUCAACCAACAUCCAAUGACAAUAAGAAUAAACAAGUUGAAUUAAAAGAUGAUACUCCACUUGUUGUUACUCAUCCACAAGUAAUGAUUUCAUAUCAAUGGGAUCGUCAAACUGAUAUUGUUGCUCUAUACAAACGAUUGACACAAUUGGGCUAUCGUUGUUGGCUUGAUAUAUUUCAAAUGGGUGGUGGGGAUUCUCUAUUUGAAAAGAUCGAUACUGGAAUACGCAAUGCUAAAUGUGUACUUGCUUGUGUCACUCCAAAAUAUAUAAAAUCAAUCAAUUGUCGACGAGAAAUGUCAUUGGCUGAUGCACUUACUAAACCAAUUGUUCCAUUGUUACUUGAAGAUACAACUACAUGGCCACCAGCAGGUCCCAUGGCACUUGUUUUUACUGAAAAACCAUAUAUUGAUUUUCGUCAUCAAAAUGAAAAUAUUCCAGAUGGUCAAGAUAUAUGGUCAUUGAAACAAUUCGAACAAGUACUUGCUCGAUUGAAAAUAGCUGUACCCGAAGUUCAAACAGAAAAACCUCGAAAACAUUUACUCGAUAUGAAACGACCAACAACAGCAUUAGGACAUGUCGAACAUAAAAAACGACCAGCACGUAUUCGAAGUGCACCUAGUGUUCCACAGAGUCGAGCAUGUUCUAUCAUGUAA